GGUCUUUUAAUUAUACCAAGUGCAUUCACCUGCGGCGUCUGUGACCUGGAUAAUGAUGUUUUGUUCGCCAUCUUUAUCGAUGUCAUCAUCAAUACCCUUCUUCUCAUUUGGAUCAUCUGCAAGUUGUUAAAAUACGGUCCUCCAAGACACCCUGCAUCUUCACUGUGAUUUCCUGGCCCCAGGUGGGCCUCUGGGCGUCGGGUGUUGCCAGCUCCAGCACCUUCUUCCUCAAGAGUCGGUCAUCUAAAGUACAUGCAGGAGAGGAGAGGUCAGUCAGUUGGCCCCGCCCCCCGUGCCGUGACGUCACAGGGCAGGAUGUCGCCAGUAGGCUUCAGUUGUAGAAAUGGCAGCGCUGAGACAGGAGCGUCGCUACGGGCUCUCCUGCGGCAAAAUCAACAAAAACAUCCCCAACAGAAGUCUUUAUCACGUCAAACUCACUGACACCGCCAUCCGGACCCUCGAAGCCUUCCAGAACCUUAAGGCAUCACUACCCAAUCGGCCAUCCAUUUGCUUCAAGGAAAGCCAGGGGUAUAUCAAGAUCCCUACUCCAACUUCAGAAUCUCCCGGUGGAUUCCGAGUCUUCUCCUUCUACCUAUCCAGCGACAGCAAGGACAAGCCUCAGUCCAGCUUCGAUUGCAUUCAUCAGUAUGUUUCAGGAGAGGGCAGGGAUCAGCUGGAGGGCCAGGGCAGCAUUCAGGACAAGAUCACAGUUUGUGCCACCGAUGACUCCUACCAGGCGACACGGGAGCGCAUGUCCCAGGUGGAGAAGGACAUCUGGAGCCGGUCAGCCAUCGAGAUAAAACCCGGGCCAAGUAAGUGUGUGAAGGUCCAGAGGAAGCAGGGUCUGGUUUCAGGCUCAGAUAGCAGCAGCAGCAGCAACAAGCACUCCCCCAGCAAUAAGAGGAGCCUAGUUCCCAGCCCUGUGGCACACAGGCCUUUAAGGGACCGAGUCAUCCAUCUCCUGGCCUUAAAACCUUACAGGAAACCUGAGCUGCUACUGUGGUUGGAGAGGGAACGGGCUAGUCCAAAAGACAAGGCUGACCUGACCUCAGUGCUGGAUGAGGUUGGCAAGCUGAGCCUGAAAGAUCACAGCUUUUCUCUGAAGGAGGAGCUCUACAGACAUGUCCAGAGAGACUGGCCUGGUUAUAUCGAGGAGGAGAAGCAGCUCAUACACAGGCUUCUGAUCAGGAAGCUUCAGCCACUCCACACUAGUUGCCAGUUGAAAAGUCCCCAGGCCAACCAGUCAUUCCACAAAACUACCGGGGAUUCUCCUUCCCAACUCAGCCCUGCCAAGACGCUCUCUGCGAAACGCCCCUUGCCUUCGGAUCCCUCCAACUGCCAGACCCCCAAAAAACAAAGACUAAUAGACCCCUGCUUGCCUCGGCAGUCUCCAUCUCAGGGAGACUGCGGCGCCAACGGGACGCCCCAAAGCUCCUCCAGCCACACCGCUGCUGGUGUGCACAUCAAAACAGAGCAAACCAACAAUCAUCUCCAGACGCGUCUUAACGGUCUGCACUCGCCGCUGAAACUGAACGCAUCGUCUACAACUACUACUGCGACUACGACGACGACUACUACUCCCAAAGUGGAGAGGACCGUGCCGGCGUCCACUGCACUUAGCCCCAAGUCCCCAUGCUUGAACACAAAGGUUUGCACUGACGAGCAAAUGCACAACGGCCAGCAUAAAAAGAAGAAGUCCAAAAAGCACAAAGAGAAGGAGCGGGAGCGCUUAAAACCAGAGUGGAUCGAGACCAGCCCAGACCUGAAGAAGAACAAGGAAAAUCUCAAAGAGCACGGAGGAGAGAAAACACGAGCGAGUCCAAGCACAGCAGACGACCUGCCGGACUAUUUAUUAAAAUACUGCACAAUAACAGCACUGGAGCAGCGCGAGCAGUACAAGGACGACUUCUGCUCCGAGUACGACGAGUACAGAGCUCUUCACGAUCGCAUCAGAGCCAUCACAGAGAUGUUCGUCCAGUUAGGCUCAAAGAUCAACUCGCUCUCGCCGGAGACGCAGGAGUACAAGCUCAUGGAGGAACAGAUACUACAAAAGUACCGGAGAUAUAAGAAAAGGUUUCCUGGCUACCGGGAAGAAAAGAAGCGUUGCGAGUACCUCCAUCAGAAACUGUCACAUAUCAAAGGUCUGAUCUCAGACUACGACCGAGCACGGGAACUCUCCUAGUGCCAACGGUCGCUACCAACAGGGUUGCAAACAAGACUGGACCAAAAAGACUGGCAGUGGACCAAAAGACGCUAAAACAACAUUCACUUUAGUCCUCUGUGAGAUGAUGCAAUCAAGGAGCGACUUCUCAACAAAAAGUUCAAGGUGAUGGUUUUUUAGUGCUGGAACAAAAUGUCCUGCUGUGAACUGGGCAGAUGUGCAAGUGAAAGCCAAAUCUUUUCUCUUUUGAGCCUUCCUGCCGAAAUGCGUUUUUAUUCUCUUUUUUCCAAAUGAAGUAUUAAAUUGAUGGUACAAUCAGUCUUAAGGGGGGAAACAAAAGCUACUAGUCGAGUCUUAACCGACACAUUCAGUCACUUUAUUUACUAACUUAAAGAAAACACAACCUCGUAUUUAAUUGCCGUACAUUUCACUAAGGCUCCUCAACAAUGUUUUUAUCUCAGCAGCAUCUCUAGAUCAGUGGCUCUCAACCUUUCUACACCCUGCAAAAACACAUUUGACAGGUCAUUCCCAUAUGAGAAGAAAUAAGCAUUAAUGACAUAUUUCAUGUAUAUAUUUCCAUACAUUUUCUUCCGCUUAUCCGAAGUGGGGUGGCGGGGGCAGCAGCCUAAGCAGAAAAGCCCAGACUAUCCUCUUCUUAGCUGCUUUGUCCAGCUCUUCCCGGGGGAAUCCCGAGGCGUUCCCAUUUCCAAUAUAUCUAUUUAUUUCCUGCAUGAUUUGAGAAUCUCGGUGGUUAUCAUAAUAUUGAAUUAAUAAUUUUUAUAUGAGACGACUCCCACUAUCCCCGGCGAAAAGCAUAUUUGAAACAUAGCACUUUUGCGUUAGUACCGUAUUAUUCGGAGUAUAAAUCGCUCCGGAGUAUAAGUCGCACCGGCUGAAAAUGCAUAAUAAAGAAGAAAAAAAAAUAUGUAAGUCGCACUGGAGUAUAAGUCGCAUUUUUUGGGGAAAUUUAUUUGAUAAAACCCAACACCAAGAAUAGACAUUUGAAAGGCAAUUUAAAAUAAAUAAAGAAUAGUGAACAACAGGCUGAAUAAGUGUAUGUUAUAUGACGCAUAAAUAACCAACUGAGAACGUGCCUGGUAUGUUAAAGUAACAUAUUAUGGUAAGAGUCAUUCAAAUAACUAUAACAUAUAGAACAUGCUAUACGUUUACCAAACAAUCUGUCACUCCUAAUCGCUAAAUCCCAUGAAAUCUUAUACGUCUAGUCUCUUACGUGAAUGAGCUAAAUAAUAUUAUUUGAUAUUUUACGGUAAUGUGUUAAUAAUUUCACACAUAAGUCGCUCCUGAGUAUAAGUCGCACCCCCGGCCAAACUAUGAAAAAAACUGACUUAUAGUCCGUAAAAAUAUGGUAACUGUUUUAUUACGCUCAAAACAUUCAUCUGUAGUGAUCGUGCUUGAAACAACAUAUAAAAUUACUUUAAUUGUAAACAAAAAAAAGCUAUUAAAAUGUGUAAAAUAAUUAUUAGUGUGGCCUCUAUUGGAAUUAUGAUAAAUGUGUUCUUAAAUGCAGAUACAAAUGAAUUUAUAAACUUUAUUUUGAUAUUACCUAUAAAUACUAUGACCAGUUCUGUACUUAGUGUUCAUAUAUUUUUUCUUAAGGAGGUACACAUACAAAAUAAGCAGGGGAUCAAAUAUUUUCCCCACUAAAUCUAUAGUUUUACUAAAUUAGAAUACCGUACAUCUGAUUUCUGGAACUCAAUUCUGCGCAGACCACUAGUUUAGAAAUAUUCUACUUUUUUUUUUAGCUGUAAUUAGGCAUAAGUACCGAAUUCAGUACUUUUGUAGGUACUACCGGGUACAGAUUCCCGUAAAAUCAAACGGUACCAUAUUUCAAUAAAUUCGUUGCACGUAUCGUCACUUACGGUUGCAGACUUUAAGCACUUGGCGACCAAACGGGCAUAUUGAUAGCGGACCGCCUCUAGGUAACAUUGCAGUUUUUCAUGCCUGCGAGAAAGUGCUCAAAAGCAAGAGUUCACUUUUCAAAAUGCCCCAGCUCGAUGCUAAUUUAUAUUGGAUAUACACUGAGUAGCAUUAGCAAAUUUACAUGGCAAUUUCAACACGUCCACAUUUGUUAAUGAAAACUACAACUAAGAUGCAGGUUACAAUCAAACAGCUGGUGUGUAAUAAGCACAGUACUGACAGUAUUUGUAGUCAUACUUGCCAACCCUCCCGUUAUUCCCGGAAGACUCACGAAUUUCAGUGCCUCUCCCGAAAAUCUCCCGGGGCAACCAUUCUCCCGAAUUUCUUCCGAUUUCCACCCGGACAACAAUAUUGGUGGCAUGCCUUAAAGGCGCUGCCUUUAGCGUCCUCUCUCAUCUGAAAAGGAGACUAUUAUAUAUGUCUCCGUUAUCCAUAGGUUUAUCUAUAACCCAUAAAGUAGGCAGGCACGGAGCUAUUUCUCAGCGUGUGUUUAUUCCAGCCGGCACGUUAAUACACACAACAUCCGGAUUCCCGUCAUGCAUUGCUUCAAAACUACGGCAAGUAGUGAUGUCCAAAAACAUAACAGAGACGAAGCAGAAGAACAAAGAAGAGACAUGGCGACGACGAGUAAGAAGAAGAAGUACGCUUGCAAGUUCCAAAAUGAUUGGAAAAAAAAUCAUUUCAGUUCAUCCAGGACAGCUUGAAGGGGAAGGGGUAUGCUGCCUGCAAAUUUGGUAGAUCAGACUUCUCCAUUGAACACGGUGGCCGAACGGAUAUACUCAUUCAUGA